CACUGAUUGACCUCCUUAAUUCGAUGCGGGCAGUGCUCUUCUUUGGCUCAUUCGGCUUAGUUUCGGCAACCCAGACGGUCUUCAGCGCCCAGUCUGAUCCAUCACUCCGAGUUGGCAUCAUUGGCGCAGGCGCAGGAGGCUCAUCCGCUGCGUUCUUCCUGCGUGAAUUAGCAAAACGCGACAAGGAUGUUGACAUCGACAUCCACCUGUACGAACGCUCCGGCUACAUCGGCGGUCGUUCCACGACUGUAAAACUCCCAUCGCAAUUCGGCAGUGUCUCUAUCGAGCUUGGCGCAUCCGUCUUUGUGGAUGCGAACCGGAAUCUCGUCAAGGCUGCAUCUGAAUUUGGCUUGCUGCUGCAAGAUGGCCAUGGCUCAGAGGCAGACACAGGCAUGGCAAUAUGGGACGGUGCGACCUUUCGCUACCGACAGAAACAAGGCAGCUAUGGCUGGCUCGACAAUGUCAAGCUCGUAUGGCAAUAUGGCCGUUCGCCUUUUCGUGCGCAUUCGAUCAUUCAACGGACAAUCCAGCGCUUUCUCGGACUCUAUCAGGACCACCAACCCCGACGCAAUGUCUCGGACUUUGUGGCAGCAUUGAGUGACAGUGUGGAUCUCACCAAGAUCUCAUCCGAACGAUUUCAGCUCGACAAUGGCGUGGGACAGGGCUUCAUUGAUGACUUGGCCGGCGCUGCCUCGCGGGUCAACUAUGGUCAGAAUCCACUAGAGAUGCAUGCGCUCGGCGGAAUGGUAUCGAUGGCUGCAUCCGGCACGCACAGCGUCGUCGGCGGGAACUGGCAGAUCUUUGAAGGCUUUGUGAACCGAAGCGGCGCAAGGGUCCAUCUCAGUACGACAGUCGAACGUUUGACACGGCUCGAUGAUGGCAAAUGGCUCCUGAUGGCGUCUGGCGACAGCGGCGAGACUAGCUCGUCUGUCUUUGAUGUCAUCUUACUGGCUGCGCCCGCUGCUCAAACUACCAUCGAGAUUGUCAAUUCGCAUGCAAUGUCGAGGAUACCUCAGCAAGACUAUGUACCGCUUCACGUCAAGCUGCUCGUGACGAACGCAUCCACGCCUCUACCUUCCUUCUUCGGCCUGACCGAUCCUCAAGAAACGCCAAAGACGACUUUGUCGACUUUUGCAUACGCCAACAGGGAUCAAGUGAAGAGGCCCAAGUUCAGUUCGCUGUCUUAUCUGCGCCAGCUUCUCGACGAUCAGUGGGUCAUUAAGAGUGCGUUGCGCCAAUAGGAAAGAGAAGCGGGCUGACUGGCGCGCUGCAGUCUUUUCGGAGGCGCCCUUUGCACUAGAUGAAGCUUUUGCAGCUCGGGAUGUGCUCUGGUCGUAUGACAAACGCUGGCUUGCCUAUCCCUACUUGCGACCGAACCCCGACCUGGCACCCAUCGAGCUCGAUCGCGGUCUGUACUACCUCAAUGCUUUCGAGCCUCUCAUCAGCACGAUGGGUCAGUCGGCCGCUUUUGCAUGCUAUCGAGCUGACUGCGAGCGAGCAGAGACGGCAACGGUAGCAUCAUGGAAUGCCGUCGCCCUGGUCGCGCAAGACUUUCUCGAUCUCUGUCCGCGCUGCACUUGGGCAGAAUCGCCCU